AUGUUCAACCUCCGCAGCUCACAGCAGCAGCGUCCACUUGGCAUGCAAGUACAUGCUGUUCCCGAAGCAGAGCGCUAUAUCGAUAGCACUGGUCGGAAGCUACCUUGGAGCUACGACACUGCCAACACCAACGCAGACAAUGAGCCUGCGCCACAAGAGAAAGGCCCUUUUGGCCGGAGUAUGAGGCGGACUCGAAGCGGCGCAUCGCGUUCGAGGUCGAAGACAGCGGAGCCACGACGGGAAGAGGAUAGACUGAAAGCAGAGAAUACCGCAGCUGAAGACCUUGUGUUCGGUUCAUUACGCAGGGCCGGCACCAAGGACGAGUCAAAGAGAGAAGCUUUGGGUGAAGUAGACCCGAAUUCGCAAGCAGCUUCAGGGCGGGGCGCCGACGAUGAACCUACAGAAGUGUUAUUGUACGGCUUCGGAGAGGACUUGCAAUGGUCUGCGAUCGACUUUUACGAGCGGGUCUCGAAUGGUGUGAUUCUCGAGGACUAUGAGCGCGCGCCACCUGGGUCGAGAUACGACACAUCACGGACACUGGGACGAGCCGCUGCGCAGAAGAGCAUCUCGCGAGCGGCAUUGAGGAAGAAGAACAAGUUCGCAGGCGGAGGACACUGGAUCAAAGUAACAUUUGACACAAGAGGAGCUGCUGAACUGGCGAUCGCGCGAGCACCGCAUACCAUCAAGGGCCAUAUGGUGUUCGCCGAGUUCUUCGUCGGCCACGGACCACAGAAAGACGAGCCGGUCCUGGCGACACAAGCAGGCGCACAGAUCACGUCCGAUGCACUUCCUCCAACAUUUUCUACACUCCCGCAGGACCAAGGCACUCCAGAGGGGUCGUCAGCAACAGCAUCAUCCGCAACAGCUACAGCACCUGAUGGUAGCAGGCAAGGUCGUAUACCGCCUCCACCGUGGAACAUGGCCCUAGCAGGAGUUGUCCAAGAUUCUCCUGCCGCCAGCACAUCGACUAUGAACGGCGCAGCGCCACAACGACCAGUAACGACCAGCUUCCAGACCCAGUCGCAGUCGCAGACUGUACUACAACCUCGACGAGGCCGGAUAGAAGGCGCAACACGAAUCGAACCGCUGCCAGCAGAACUCGCUAUGGCACCGAAGCAACCAAAGGCAUCGUGGACAUCGUGGAUCGGCGCAAGCGAGGUGAUAGGAUCGGCGGUACCUAGGAAGCAAGACAACACUUUCGACUGGGAAGUGGCAAGCUUCUACUGGAAACUCUUCUAUCUGCUAGAUCAGCUCCUGGGUACAGACUUUUGUGGGCUAAGGUUGGAUGAUUGA